UUGGGACCCACAUAUGCUAAAGAACAUAUUUGAGAGGGGCAGAGAGAACGUGUGCUGAAUAUAGGUCCUUGAGGUUCUUAAGCACAGAAAGAAGGAGAUAAGACACAAGAAACCAAGACGUGGAUCGGGAACGGUCCUGGAGAAACAGGAGAACCAGGAGAACUAAGAAACUAAGACCAGGAUCAAGAACAGCACUGGAGGACCAAGAGGAGGUAAAAGGCUAAGAAACAAAGACGUGGAUCGAGAACAGCAUUGGAGGACCAGGUGAACCAAGAAAGUAAGGCCAGGAUUAAGAACAGCUUUGGAGGACCAGGAGAACCAAGAAACUAAGGCCAGGAUCAAGAACAGCACUGGAGGACCAAAAGCAGAUAAAAGGCCAAGAUACUAAGAAGACGUGAAUUGAGAACAGCACUGGAGCAUCAGCAGAACCAACAAACCAAGACCGGUAUCAAGAAGAGCAUUGAAGGACCAGGAGAGCCAAGUAACUAAGACCAGGAUCAAGAAGAACAUUGGAGGAGAUAAAAGACAAAGAAGGGCACUGGUGGAUAAAAAGGCCAAGAAACCAAGAAAAAAUACCAAGAAACCAGGAAGAGCACUGGAGCACCAGGAGACGACAGUAGUCAGGGACAGGAAGCCAUUUGCCAUGAGAGAAGAGGAGACCUGUGGUGAUUUCCCAGAAGGUGGGGUGCUUCCCAAUGAAGACGAAGCAGAACGUCGCCCCAAUAAAUGCCCCGUCGUCGUUGCUCCUCACGGUUCUGGUGGACGAAAGCGGCUAACCAGCCCCAAGAAAGAAGUCACUGCCCAACUGACACCUGACGAUAAAACCGGAUCUGAGGGAACAUCUACCUUCGCCCCCUCUGGCCCGAAGCGGCCCAAAAAGAGCUCUCCUUCAUCUUCUUCUUCAUCAUCGUCCUCGUGUUCCUCGCUAGUGCCAGUGAUCAGUGCAGGUUCGCCACUUCCUGGUCAGUCUUUCGAAGACGUCCACUCUCAGAGAGUCAUUGCUAACGUCCGAGAAAGGCAGCGCACACAGUCGCUGAACGACGCCUUUGCUUCUCUGAGGAAGAUCAUCCCGACCUUGCCCUCGGACAAGCUUAGCAAGAUCCAGAUUCUCAAGCUAGCAUCGCGCUACAUCGACUUCCUCUACCAGGUGCUUCAGAGUGACGAGAUGGACGCCAAACUGGCCAGCUGUAACUAUCUGGCCCACGAGCGGCUGAGCUACGCCUUCUCGGUCUGGAGAAUGGAAGGAGCUUGGUCCAUGUCUGCUAGCCACUAGCCGCUAGCUGGCUAAUUUUAAUAAGA